AUGGGUAUCACUCACGACAAGAUGUACAAGAGGAGCAAGACUGGUGCCGUCCAGGGCAAAUGGCACAAGAAGCGCAAGUAUAAUCUUGGCCGCCAGCCAGCGAACACUAAGCUUAUUGUCAAGGUCACUUCGAAAAAGAACGAGGGCCAGAAGAUUUCAACAAUCAGGUGCCGCGGAGGCAACAUCAAGCGCCGUGCUCUUCGCCUGAGUCACGGCAGUUUUGCAUGGGGUAGCGCGGACAUUUCUCACAAGGCCCGCAUCCUCCAGGUGGUGUACAACUCGACUUCCAACGAGCUUGUCCGUACAAAUACGCUUGUCAAGGGGUGCGUAGUCCAGAUAGACUCCGCUCCAUUCAAGAGCGCCCUCUCGAAUGACACGCUCGACAAGGAAAUUCUUGAUCAGAUUAGGGGCGACCACAUCCUUGCCCGCAUCUCGUCUCGUCCGGGUCAGGUAGGCACUGCCGAUGGAUACAUCCUUGAGGGACCUGAGCUUCUCUUCUACCAGAAGAAGUUGGCACCUAAGUAA